GAGAUGCGAGGUGAGGCAGAUGGGGUCAUGCAAACCCCCGACGGCGAAGUCGUCAAGGUGGCCAGUUCAGCCUUCGACGUCCAGGCCGACGGUACAGUGGUGACCCGCGGCGAGGUGACCCCGACAUGCCCGGCAAACACGACUUGCCGACGCCUGGCCAGUUCACCCGGCGUCUUGCAGGUGGCGCAGUCCAAGCCCGGGAAAGGGCUCGUCUCCACGCUGCCAGACGACGUCUUCAA